CCUCAUAUAUUUAAUUAAUUUUAUAUGAUUCGUUGAUUUUCACCAAACAAACAAAAAAAAUUAUUAAUAUAUGAACCAGUUUUAAGAGUUUUCCUUGAUAUAAUCUCUAUCACUUGGUCAAAAGCUUUACCUCAGUUUCUCUUCUUUUUCCUAUUUCAAUCAAUUUUCAGCAAAGGUGUCCUACAAGAUUCAACUAGAUUUCAUCGACUGAAAUUUUAUGUGAGCUGAUUGAGUAGAAGUGAAACUAUGUCGUUGAUUAUAUCGUCGGAGUUGGCUGAUGCGUCGUACAGGAAUGCCAAACUGUACUCGUUAAAGGGAACAGAUGUUGCACCUGGUUUGUCCUCCCAUAAUUUCGUUCCUGAUAAGCACAGAAGCAUGUACAUGAAUGAGUCUUACUCGAGUGAGAGUUAUGAAAAGUACUUCCUUGAUUCACCUACGGAAGAACUGAUAGAACCGUCGAGUUCUGGUGUAUCGGGAAAUUCAAUUCAUGCUGAUUGUGAUUCUUACCAGAUCAGAGCUAGUUCUGGAACUUCUGUGGUCACUGAUAACCCGUUUGAUACUUAUGUUUCAUCGACAAGGCUUCAUGAUGCCUAUCAGUCGAACUUUGAAUCAGAUUUAUUGGAAAACGAGAGCCCGGAUUGCUUUGAGUUUGAUGGUGAAAUGCGAUUGAAGCUGCAAGAAUUGGAGAGAGCGUUGCUUAGUGACAAUAAUGAUGAUGACGACGAUGAUGACGAAAACAUGUUUAGAACUGUACAAAGCAUGGACAUUGAUCCCGACUUUGCUGAGUGUGCCAAUCUCGUUCAGAACAUGUCACAUCAUGACUCGCCAAAGGAAUCCUUGUCAUCAGAUUCGAAUCUUAGUACCAGCAGUUGCACCAAAGAAAUAUCACAAAUCUCUCCCCGGACGCCGAAGCAAUUACUUUAUGAAUGUGCUUGUGCACUUUCAGAAGGAAAUGAAGGAAAAGCCUCGGCUAUGAUAGAUGAUCUAAGGCAGAUGGUUUCGAUUAAUGGAGAUCCUUCAGAAAGAAUUGCGGCCUACAUGGUUGAAGGGCUUGCGGCUCGUUUGGCUUCGUCUGGAAAAUGCAUUUAUAAAGCUUUGAAAUGCAAGGAACCUCCUUCUUCCGACCGUCUAGCAUCAAUGCAGAUCCUAUUCGAGGUGUGCCCGUGUUUUAAAUUUGGAUUUAUCGCAGCAAAUGGUGCUAUUGCUGAGGCUAUUAAAGAUGAUAAGAAGGUUCACAUAAUAGAUUUCGACAUCAACCAAGGAAGCCAAUAUAUAACCCUAAUACAAACACUUGCUUCUAGGCCAGGUAAGCCGCCUUUUGUGAGAUUGACCGGUGUUGACGAUCCUGAAUCCGUGCAACGAUCUGUUGGAGGCCUAAGUAUCAUAGGACAAAGGCUUGAAAAGCUUGCAGAAGUACUCGGAUUGCCAUUUGAGUUUCGAGCCGUAGCAUCAAGUUCUUCAAUUGUUACUCCAUCAAUGCUGAACUGUCGGCCCGGGGAAGCAAUCGUGGUGAACUUUGCGUUCCAGCUUCAUCACAUGCGCGACGAAAGUGUAUCAACAGUAAACGAACGAGACCAGCUUCUUCGCAUGGUCAAGAGCCUCAAACCAAAACUUGUAACCGUCGUGGAACAAGACGUGAACACAAACACUUCCCCGUUUCUCCCUAGAUUCGUCGAAGCCUACAAUUACUACUCUGCUGUGUUUGAGUCACUCGACGCCACUCUUCCAAGAGAGAGCCAAGAUAGGGUGAAUGUUGAAAGGCAAUGCUUGGCAAGGGACAUUGUCAACAUCAUCGCGUGCGAGGGCGAAGAGAGAAUAGAACGAUACGAAGUUGCUGGAAAAUGGAGAGCGAGAAUGAGAAUGGCUGGCUUCACUUCAUCACCAAUGAGUACAAAUGUGGAAGAAGCAAUUCGGGAACUCAUUAGGCAGUACUGUGACAAGUACAAGAUAAAAGAGGAAAUGGGAGCACUUCAUUUUGGGUGGGAGGACAAAAACUUGAUUGUUGCUUCAGCAUGGAAGUGAACAUGAAAAUAGACAUUUGAAUCCUUUAACGUGUGAGCCGAUGUCACUAUAAUCCGUAAAUUUUCAAAAUUAGAAAAACACACUCGAAUGUGUCUUUCGUUAGGCCGUUUGGUCUCUCGGAUGUGUCUUCUGUUGUUAAUUAGUUUGAUUCUCUGAUGUGUCUUUCGUUAGUCAAUUUAGUUCAUAAAAUUACUGACAAAAUACAUACUUAGUGACAUGGCUUCACAUUUAGGGAUUAAAUGAUUGUUUACUCAUUUUUGUUAUAGGUUGCUUGUUUAGUCUAUGUAUGUGUUUAGUUUGUGGUCCAUGAGACAUUGUAGUAUAUUACAACAUAAAACAGUUAUGCUUAGGUUUGUAAUUAAAUUGUUGUUUGCUUGUUA